AUGGCAUCGUUAACUGCAAAAGAAAAGAUCGCUCUGAUCACACGCAACCUCCAGGAAGUUCUGGGUGAAGAAAUCCUCAUCGAUGUCAUCGAGAAACAGAACCGACCUCUCAAGAUCUAUUGGGGUACCGCGACAACCGGCCGCCCCCAUUGCGGCUACUUCGUCCCCAUGACCAAACUCGCCCACUUCCUCCGCGCCGGUUGCGAAGUCACCAUCCUCCUCGCUGACCUCCACGCAUUCCUCGAUAACAUGAAAGCCCCCAUAGAACUAGUCCAACACCGAGCCAGAUACUACGAAUUCCUAGUAAAAUCCGUAUUGAAGUCAAUCGGUGUUAGUAUCGAUAAGCUCAGAUUUGUCUUUGGGUCGAGUUACCAGAAAACUGAAGGCUACAUCAUGGAUAUCUUCAGGCUGUCGAGUAUUGUGACAGAGCAUGAUGCAAAGAAGGCCGGUGCAGAGGUUGUUAAGCAGGUUACUAGCCCAUUGUUGUCUGGCUUGAUUUAUCCGUUGAUGCAGGCGUUGGAUGAAGAGCAUCUUGGUGUCGAUGCACAAUUCGGCGGUGUCGACCAACGUAAAAUCUUCACUCUAGCAGUCGAAAAUCUCCCAAGUCUAGGCUACAAAACCCGCGCUCAUUUAAUGAACCCCAUGGUCCCCGGUCUCGCAGGUGGAAAAAUGUCGGCAUCAGACCCCAACUCAAAAAUCGACCUUCUGGACUCCGCUGCCGACGUUGAGAGAAAACUGAAAAAGGCGGUCUGCGCACCCAAAGAAGUUGAAGGGAACGGUGUCAUUGCUUUCGUUGAGUAUGUGUUACUGCCGAUUUCGGAAUUGGGGGCCGAAGAUGGAAAGGCACGAUUUGUGAUUGAGAAGGAUGGACAAGAGGUUGUUUAUGAGACUAUUGAGAAGUUGAAGGAGGAUUAUACCGCUGAUAUCAUUGGACCCAAAGAACUAAAGGUUGCCACAACCCUGGCGCUCAACAAGCUCCUCGACCCCAUCAGAGCAGAAUAUGCUAGCAGCGAGGAAUUCAAGGAAAUCGAGAAAUUGGCUUACCCGCCUCCACCAGCUCCAGAGAAAAAGAAGAAGGAAAAGAAGAUUGGUACUGGAUAUGUUGCAAAGAAGAAGGGUGAAGCUAGUGGGUCGGCCGCGGCUCCAACAGAAGCAAUAGAUGGCCUCAAGAUCGAUGAGUCCAAGUAG